CGCGCGUCUCAGAUUAUAUCAAUCACCCGCAUCCACACAGUUCAUAGGUCAUAAUGUCAAAGGUGGAAGGGUCGAAGGCUUCAAUCAAUGUCUGAUGGCAGUAGAUGGUGUAAAUCUACCAGUUGGCUUUGUUUUGUUUUAUUUAUAUACAAAGAGAAAGGGGCAACACUUAAAGAUCUGAAGUUGAGAAGUAAAGGACAGUGACGACUAUUGUCAGCAUCAUGUGUUAUUUUAUCAUUACAUGUUGGUCGUUGUUAUGGACCCUAUCUUCCAUAGCAACUCUGAUGGUUGUAGUUAUCAGUGUAAUGUCUCCACAAUGGCUUAUUGGACCUUCUCGCAAAUUCGGGUUAAAUUCACAAUGGGAAAACACGACAAGUGACGACUCCAAUGAACACUUUAAUCCUACAGUUGGAAUAUUCAACAGGUGUACAAGACUCCAUCGUUUCCAGGAAGUAUACAAACGUGAAAAUUGUGCAACAUUUGUCACUGGUUUUGAUAUGGAAGAUGAUUUUUUCCCACAUGCCUGGAAAGCAUGCCUGUUUUUCUUCAGUGUCGCUAUUAUAUUUUUAUUAUUUACAUGUAUUACAUCACUAUUGAGUAUGUGUUUUCGCAGUAUUUGUGGUAAAAGCAUUUUCACUGUUUCUGGAUUAAUACAAAGUAUUGCAGGAUUGAUGAAUAUAUUAGGAUUAUUUCUCUAUCCAGCUGGUUGGGGAGCACGUCGUUUAAAUCUAUUGUGUGGUGAUAAGGCUUCUCCAUUUUAUAUCGACAGAUGUUCUAUAGGUUGGUCUUUCUAUGUGUGUGUGUUUGGAACACUCAUGGCAUUUGGCUGUUCUAUGUUAUCAAUAAAAGCUGAUCUAUCCACCUCAUCUAGAAAGGUUGAAGAAGAAGUUCUGGAGGGAAAAAAUCUCAUUUGUGUUAUCUAAAAAAGAAUGGAUUGAUCUAACAUCAAUUAUCACAUAAGAUAAAAGAGAAUGAAUAUAUCAUUAUGAUACAUCCCCAUGACUAGUUAAACAUCAACAGCUGUUACAUAUUUUUGAAACUGAUCAAAAAUCUCAUAGAAACAAUGAUAUUUAAUUUAAAGUGAUUACUACCAAAGAGUCAUUGUUUCUUCUGAUGUAUAUUAUCUAUGAGUGCUUUACUUUUCUGAAAUUGGUGUUGAGUGUAAUGUAAGAGAAGUCAUUUCACAGAUUCACACGUCUCUUAAUUUCUCAUCAUCAGUCUACAACAGAGAUAUCAAUCUGUUUCACAGAGGAUUACGAAAGUCUUCUAAUAUCUCUGUAAAAGAUGACUACCUUCAACAGGUGAUGACACAUCAUGCGGCGUCAAUCAUUGGCUCAAUGGCGCGUGCAUUGUUUACAUAAGACCUUACUGGUUCGGGUGGAAUCGAGCAUUUUACUUAUUUUAAUACCCAUUUACACUAAAUAGGAAAUAAUUUUUACCUACAAAUACGUCAAACAUCUUUAUUUAUUUUUCUAAUACAUAAAAAAAUGUUUUAGAAUUUAAUUUGUCGGAGGAAAAAAGUUAAUAUUUGUGGCUCAUUAAGUCGCAUCAAUGUCAUCCUUAUCAGUGAUUGUCGCUGCCUAGCGAAUAUUGACUGCUGAUCAGUGUGCAGAGAUAUGAUUAGAAGAAAUGCAUUUUAAAGUGCUGAUCUGACUUCGAAUGAAAAUAAAGUUUUCAAAUAGAGAAAUGUAAGAGUUAUUUAAGUGAACUGCAGUUAAUUGCUUUUGACCAGUUCAGAUUACUUAUCAAUAUACAAAUUAUUGUAAUAUAUAUAUAAGGUGAUGUAAUAUGACCAGCCAAGUACCAGUUGCACUGUAUCUGUACUUACUAACCUCUAUAUAGAAACUAUAUGUAUAACUGAAUAGGUUAGGUUUGCUAUCUGAUGUCAUUGAUGUAAUAAAGAUCAAAAUAAUUAAAUUCCAUUGUAAUUUAUAAUCAGUUAAGAAUUGUAUAUACUUGGUACUGAUAUUUUAGAUGUAUAAAUGUAGUUUGUAAUUUAUUUAUUAUUAAUGAUAUAAUCUUUUAAUUAAAUUUGUUCUUUACUAUGUUUAUAUAUAGUGCCUUGAAUCAAGUCAUGUCUUCCUUAAGGUUGACAGAUUUACCUCCCUUUAUGAUAAUUAUAUAUUUAUGGUACCUCCUUGCAAUGUGAUGAUGUUACUGCAUGAAGUUUAAUGUAGUUUUGCAAAACAAUAUGCUGUUAAUGUUUUCAGAAGUAAAUCCUUACUGUACAUAACAUAAAUUUUGUAUUUUCCACGUGGAUGGGUCAAGAUCACAAAUCAGAUAUUCUGGAAAUGUUCUCAUUCCAUAAGUUAGGUGAUUGGAAGAUAAGAGAGGCUUACUCUGAAAAUUAUUUCAAUGGCAUUUAGUAAUUGAACUUGAAAUACACACCACACAGGAUGUUGCUAAUUGGUGGUCAUCAACUAAGUACUGUUAUAUGUAUAUAUGAUGUCCCAUUAUCAUUACUAGAUAAAGACUAAAUAUAGCUUUUUAACACACUACACAACUGUAUUCCAUAGGAUUGUGUCCAGUGUAUAGAAUGCAUAGAAGCGAAAACUAUGCGUCCGAGAGCUGGCCCAUUUGUGACAGUUAAAAUAUGGAUGUUACUUACAUUUUAAUAUUAUAUACAAUAAUUAAACAAGGCAUUAGAUUAGUUGUAUUUAAUGUUUAGUCAAAUUUGUCCAACCCUCCAAGUAUGCAUUUAAACCAGAAAUUAAGGCAAGCAAGAUAUUAGUGUGUUAAGUUAGAACUUCCACCAGCCGCAUUACUUUCUAAUAAACAUUUUUAUUCUGUAAAAAAAUGAAGUAUGGGCACAUGCUUCAUGUUCUGGGCAUGUUUAUCUAAUAAUCAAGAGAGAAUCAGCAAUGCAGUUGUACUGUAGUUGCAGGAGUUAUAUUAAUAUACAUGUAUUUAUUCACGAAAACCAUCAGGUUACAAGAAUUCAUUAAGUUUCAUUUUACAUUUCCAUACAUUCAUUUCACAUCAAACUAUAAAUGAUUUAGAUUUAACAUUAAUUAAUAGUAGGCCUACCUUAAAAUAAUAUAUAUACAUUUUGUUAAACAUCACACUAUUUCUUGAGAGUAUUUACUUUUGUGGGACCGUGAAAAAUGACAAUAUAUUUUCAAUGAAUUUACAUAAUUUUUAUAGCUGUUACCCUUAACAUGCAAUAAUUCAUUCAUUUUACGUGUGGAAAUCAGCAUUGUCAUCAAAGAUAACAAAACAAUAAACCAACCGUAAAUGAUCACUUUGUUGCUAUGUUAAUCAAUGUUGUUGAUAAGAUAACAUCUGUGUAAUUAUCAGACAUUUCUGUUGCUCACCUUCAAGUCCAAUACAUUUCAUUGUGCAUUAAUUUCUUGUUUUGCAGGAUAACAAUAUUGAUCUUUUAUUGAUAUAAUUGAUGUUUCAUGAAUCCAUUUUACAGUAUGAUAUUGAUAACUUGUAAAGAUAAACAACAUUUUCAUAAGGCUGUUGUUAUUUCUGUGAAUUAGUCAACAGUUGAAUAUAAUAAUAUGUCCGUGUGGAUCCUUGAUUGGAUAAUACAGUUAUUGUAUUCUAUGUAUAAAAUGAAUUGUUUGAUUAUUAAUAAUAUUAUGAAAAUACCAUUAGUAAAAUUAACUCUGCAAAUAUACCAUAACUAUACUUCAAAUGAAGUACAUACUAGGAUUUAUUUUUCUAUGAUAGCUACCAUUAACUUACAAAUUCUGAUCAUUUGAGAUUUGUUUUUGCAUCAUUUCUUUAUACAUACAUAACAAUAGCUCUUCUAUUUAAUUUAAAAAUUGCAUUGUAAUUAUACAGUUUUUAGAAAUAUUUUGAAAUUUGUCUAUGAUAUUGUAGUAAAAACAUUCAAUGAGAAAUAGCUCGGAAAAAUUGAUAUUGUUAAUUAAUAUUAGAUCUUAAGUUUCAAAGGCAUCCAGGCCCUGCAUGUUUAAUUAUGUCACUUUCCUUGAAAACUUGAGUGCUAAAUGGAAAGUUUAUUUUCAUAACUUACAAGUAUAAUGUAGUUUCUCAAAAUCAUUAAUAUUGAUGUGGGAGGUACAAACAAAAAGAAAAUUGGGGUAUAGGCCAACAUGUCGUUCUAACUAUGAAAGUGUAUUUUUGUAAGAUUCUGUUAGGUAUGUAUUUAGUGUUAUGUAAAUUAUUCUAUAGCUAUGUUUUAUAUUAAAGCUUCUUACCUUGUUAA